AUGUAAGGCUUUGCCUGGAGCUUAAUCUGCAAAUCGAGGUUAAGGUGAAUUGGAAACCUUGUUGACUUGUAGUGUCGCGGCGCGCCGUUCAAUAUGCAUUUGCCUGCUCCGAUCCAGUCUCAAACUGAAGUCCAUUGAUACCUGUGUGCCCGCGCUUCCUGUCUGUGACGGAUAUAUCAGUUUAGUGUGAGGGAAGAUGGUGGGCUCGCCGGAAGAGCACCAGAGCUCGGCGGUACGCGUAUGUGAGGUGGCGCGAGGGGGUGGCAGCGAGGGAGGCGGCGGAGGUGGAUCUUGUGGCUUCCACCUGACACGGACCAAGUGGGACCCCUACCCAUGGGUGAGUGGCGUCGAUGCGGGCUCAGCGGCCGCCCUGGCUGGCCUGAGGGUUGGCGACUGCGUCCUCGAGGUCAACGGCGAGGAUGUGCUCGGGCUCCGGGUGGCCGAGAUAGCUGCCAGGGUCAAGCUCGACGCUCCGCUCAUCACGCUGCUGCUCUGGAACUCGGGGGCCGAUUCCAAUUGUGAUCCCGAGUCUUUGUGCUGCGGUCCAAUGCCGAGCAGCUUGCAGCGACUGGCAGCGUGCAUGGGUUCGAUCGUGGCGGGGCUGGAGUGCCCCGUCUGCCUGGAGACAAUCGGCCCCCCCACUCACCAGUGCGGCAACGGUCACCUCAUCUGCUCGCGAUGUCGCCUCCUCACCGAGCGCUGUCCCGUCUGCCGGCUCCGCUUCUCGCGUGGCCGAUGUUUGCUCGCUGAUCAGGUGCAUAACGCACUGACGGAAGCAUUCCGGCUGCGCGAAGAGUCUGCCGAGAUGUGGUCGGCCAAGAUCAAACAGCGACUGUUCGGCAAGAAAAAGCUGCCCGAGAAGCGACCGGCCAACUUUACCCUGAAGAACUCGCUCGGCCCGCCCAAGAACAAACUGCUGGCCAGGAUAAUGCGCGGCAAGUCCUCGUCGGUUGAGAACCUCUCAUCUUCGUCCAACAAGAAUUUCCUGAGCGUGGAGGCUCUGCCCGCUGCCAACGCCGGCAUGAAGAAGUCACACAGCAACAACGAGAUUUCCCGAAUGGAAAGCGCUCAGCCGCCCAACCGCUGUCCGUCACCCAACUUCUCUUCAUCAAAUGUUGACUGCUCGUCCUACAGAUCCUAUCAAGGGUCUACUGAGUCAUUAUCUCAAAGACUGUACACGGACUUUGGAGAGAACACGGUGGUGAAUGACGACGGCUGCAUCUACAACUGUCCGUGCUCGGGCGACUGUCGGGCAUCACUGAGGAAGCGAGAGGUGCUCAGUCACGUGAGGGACGACCAUGACGGUCCACUAGUCCAGUACUACAAGCCCAGAGUCCUCAUCCCUCUACCAGUCAUCCUCCCGGAGAACAGCACCGUUAUGAUCCUCAUCGACGGCCGCAUCUAUUUCCUCAGGAUCCUGAAAGACAACUCGGGGAACAUGUUCGUCUGGAUGUGGAUGUUGGCUGAUAAAUCCAAGUCUGAGAACAUGCGAAUGGUGCUCACUUUGAAAGGCAACGACUGGGAUGGACCUGAGCUCAGUUACAAUUGUGAGGUGUUUUCGUUAGCAUCCUCCUCAUGGGAGGACAUUGUAUCCACUAAACGCGGCAUACUCAUCACCUCACAAACGGUCAGUGCGCACUUCUCAGAGCAGAAAGUCAAAUUGGAAGUGAAUCUUGUGAAUAAGACGAAAAUACCUGUACUCGUGUGAACGAUAUUUCUACAACUAUUUGUCAUGUUAUAUCUACUGAAAAAUGAUUAAAACUUAUUUUAAACUUUUUAGAACUUACGAGAACUAAGUCAAAAACUUGGAUGGAACAUGUUUAUUUUUUUCCAUACAAUCUAACAAUUAAUAUUAUCUUAUUAGUGAAUUAUUUCGAAUUAUCAUUUUCCCAAUUCUAAAACUUUCGUGAUUCAUGACUGAGCUAAGUCAAAAUAUUAGACAAGUCGAGUGUAGUGUCAUGGAGACAAUCUUGCGUGAAAUCAAUCCUGAUCCCUAUAAACAUACAAAAAAUAAUACCUAUAAAAUGAGUACCUAUGGUAGCGUAUUUAUAUUUUUUUCAUAAUUAUUAUAUAUUUCUGAAUUGGCUUCUUUUAGAUUAUUAGUUCAACAUCCGAUUAAUAAUUUUAUAUUAUGUUGAAAAUAUUGAAUAGUAUUAUUUCUGGUUGUGAAGAAUUAUAAUUGAUAGACGUUGAGUAAAAUAAUGAUCCACUCUUUGA